AUGAAGCUAUUGGGUUUAUUUGCUCUUUUUGCCCUCACUUGUGAGUCGCUGGCUUUUCAAAAACGUCUUGCAACCCCGAAACCCAUCAACAAUGGAUACUUCAAGAUUGACUUUGAAGUUGCCGAAAGAGACCUUUAUGAUCCAACAAAAGUCGUCAAACGUUCGGACAUGGAUGACAGGAGCAUCAAUUACGAAGCAUUGGCUAAGAGAAGCCGUCAUGUAUUGGACAAAAGAUCCGGAAAUUCCUCUGAAGAUGUUGUCAUGACACUUCAAAAUAACAGAAGCAUUGCAUAUUUUGCGAACAUCUCGCUCGGGACCCCUCCCCAAAACUUCACUGUGCAAGUCGAUACUGGGUCGUCAGAUUUUUGGGUUUUCGCCAAAUCCAACCCGUAUUGUAAUUUCGGCACCAGUAGUUCCAAAAGAAAUCUUGAAGAAAGAGAUGAGGAGGGUGAAAAUGCUUCUGCUACCACUGCUAUCGAUACUACCUCGGGUACUGCCACUAUUUCAUCUAACGAUGACUUUGAAUCCAUUAACAGAACAACCUACAUCACCCCAUUGUAUUUGCCCCUGAAAUCGACUUAUGAAAUCAAUACUGCUACGGUUCUGGCUACCGUUGACUGUGAUGAUACGAGAUAUUUUAACCCGGAUGACUCCAGCAGUUUCCAGGAAACAAACAGCAGUUUCCUUAACGUCUAUGGGGAUAAAUCCUUUGCCCAAGGAGCUGUUAGCCAAGAUACCCUUAUAUUCAGCGACUUUGUCUUUGAGAACUACACUUUCGGGCUUGCUGAAGUUUCCAAUUCUUCAAUUAUGGUCUUUGGAAUUGGCUUACAAGAAUUGGAGGGUUUGGGGUUGUACGAUAAUUUGCCGUUGAGACUUGUCGAUAGUGGGCACAUUAACCGUGCGGUAUAUUCUCAAUAUCUUAAUGAUUACAAUGCCACUACCGGGAGUAUUCUUUUUGGAGCAGUUGAUAGCUCAAAGUACACUGGUAACUUGACGACUUUUCCGUUGAUUAAUGCUCGUCAUCUUCAUAGGACCCCUAGUGAUUUCUUCAUCUCCUGUGACAGUAUUGACCUCACUUAUACUCGCAAUAACUCUGUUGCUCUGAAUGUGUCUUCUGCAAAACAUCCAAUCUUAUUUGACUCAGGAACUUCGCUCCUUAUUUUGCCUCAGACAGUUUUCGACUGGUUUGGAGUUGCAUUCGAACAAAUUUCCUACAUUGAGGAGCUCGAUGGGUAUCUUGCCCGUUGUGAUGUGUUAGAAGAAUAUAAUUUUGAUAUCACCUUGCAAGGUGUCACUUAUUCCAUUCCUCUUUCAUUAUUGGGAACCCCAGUUACCCAACUGCCUUUAUUUCAGUUUGAUGUCCCUCUGAAAUAUAAAAAGCCUAAUUAUUGUUUCUUAGAUAUCGAUUGUGGGAACGACAACAUCAUAGUCGCUGGGGAUUCUCUCUUAAGAUGGUUCUAUGUGGUUUAUGAUUUGACCAAUUAUGAGCUUCUGUUGGCCCAAGCUGUAUUCAACAGCACUGAAGAAGAUGUCCAAGUCAUUUCUGCUCUUGGUAAGGUUCCUGGAGCCGUGCAUGUUGAUAGUUCCAUUACUUAUGAAGGUAGCUUAAUAACUCCAACUUCCUCUGAUGGUGAAGAGCCAUUUUUCACGGGAACUGUACAUAAAGGAACAAAGAACCUUAAUAUUGGGGGUAGAUUGACCAUUUCUUGGCCGUUGUUGGUUGGGGCGGUUGCUGGUUGGCAUUUUAUUUUGUAA